AGCCAAAUUAGAAUAGCCAAAAACAAACAAGUCCAUAAUUCACUUUUCUUUUCUUCCUUUUUCAUAUUUUCAUUUCCUUUCAUCGAAAUCAUUGCUUCACUGUUUUUUCUCAUAUUCUUCAACAUGGCAGCUCCUACACCCACCCCACAGGUUCUCCCCGUCUCAAAUCCUCAAUCCACCAUCACUACCACCGCCACCACCGAGGAACAGCAGCCACCGCAACCCGCAGUCCGCGCCAUCAUAUCCUACUUCUCGGACUCCCUCCGUCACAGCCUCUCGCAUCGCCGUCCCUGGCCGGAGCUCAUGGACCGCUCGGCGCUGGCGAAGCCGAUGUCAUUCUCGGAGGCGACGCUGCGCGUGCGGCACAAUGUCUCGUACUUCCGCGUGAACUACUACGUGGUGGUUUCGCUGAUCCUGGCGGUGUCGCUCCUAACCAGCCCCUUCUCCCUGGUGCUCCUCGUCUCCCUCCUCGCCUCCUGGCUCUUUCUCUAUCUCCUCCGCCCCACCGACCGCCCCCUCCGCCUCUUCGGCCGUACCUUCACGGAUUUCGAGACGCUCUCUCUCCUCGCCGCCGCUUCCUUCUUCCUCCUCUUCCUCACCCCCCUUGGCUCCCUCCUCGUCACCGCCUUCACCGUCUCCAUCGCCCUCGUCGCCGCCCACGCCGCAUUCAGAGUUCCCGAGGACCUCUUCCUCGACGACCGCGACUCCACCCAGCCGGCCGGCUUCCUCUCCAUCCUCCGCGCCGCUGUCAACGUCCCUCCCGUCCCCCCACCCGUCCCCAGCCGCGGCUGAUCGGAGCUUCUCCCUGUCUGCACCCUUCAAGGAUUCAUUCAUUCACAUGUUUGUUUAUACGUUUGGUUAGGGAAUUUGGACACGUUUUCUCUUUUAUGAUAUAUUUUUGGAGGGAAAAC